AUAUGUGUGGGUGUUUUGGUGUGUUUGUGUGUGCAAAACAGAGCAAAAACAAUUGCGCGACAAAAAAAAUCCAAAUAUCAUUAAAUAUUACGUAGCUUCAGUAAACUAUACAAUUUGCAACUUGUGAGUGGUCCUGUGGAAUACUAAAUUGAGCGAACAACCAACGUUUCCUACACAAAGAGCCCCUCAGUCCGCCCCGCCCCGCACCCGUUGCACACUGCACACAGCACGAUGAUGAGCCUGCUGGGCCGACCCGAUGUCGAUGCGGGCGAAGUAUUUGUCAACUUCAAUCAAAACAUAACAUCGCUUGCAGUCGCCACCAGCGGGGGCUACAGCCUGUACAGCCUGGGCUCCGUGGACUCAACACUGGACAAAAUAUAUCACACCAAGAGCGAUGAGCUAUUCCUCAUCGAGCGGCUGUUCGAGAGCUCCUUGGUGGCCAUUGUGUCGCAGCGGGCGCCGCGCAAGCUGAAGGUGUGCCACUUCAAGAAGCAGAGCGAGAUCUGCAACUACUCGUACGCGAACACAAUUCUGGCGGUGAAGCUGAAUCGGGAGCGCCUGAUUGUCUGCCUGGAGGAGUCGCUCUACAUUCACAACAUACAGGACAUGAAGGUGGUGCACACCAUACGGGACACGCCCUGCAAUCCGUUGGGUCUGUGCGCUCUGUCCUCGUCCUCGGAGCACUGCUAUCUGGCCUAUCCGGGCAGCGUCACCUCUGGCGAAGUGCAGAUCUUUGAUGCCAUCAACUUGCAUGCCAAGACCAUGAUACCAGCCCACGACACACCACUGGCGGCCAUAGCAUUCAGCCCCUCGGGCACGGAAAUAGCCACCGCCAGCGAACGCGGCACGGUCAUACGCGUUUUCAGCUCCCAGGAUGGCAGCCGACUGUUUGAGCUGCGGCGUGGCCUCAAGCGUUGCGUCUCCAUUGUCUCGCUGUCGUUUAGCAACUGUUCGGAGUACUUGGUAUCCAGCUCCAACACGGAGACUGUGCACAUCUUUCGCUUGGAUCGCAGCGCUGCCGAGACAGCCGAUCAUGGGAAGCAAUCCACCGAUGAUUGGAUGGGUUACUCGUUUUUUAGAUUCUUGAGCAAAACGGUCACCAGCUACCUGCCAACGCAGGUGACCGAUGUGUUCAGCCAGGGACGGGCUUUUGCUUCGGUCUCAUUGCCCGAGGCAGGAGUGCGUCGCAUGUGCGCCAUUGCCACGAUACAAAAGCAGCUCAGACUCUUGAUUGCCUCGCAGGAUGGUUAUCUUUAUGUGUAUUCCAUACCAUCGAUUGAGGGUGCCGAGUGCCAGUUGAUUAAGCGGCACGAUCUGCGCUUGGAGGAUCACUAUGCCAUGGAUAUUAAAGUUGAUUCACCUCAAACUCUAGGCCUGAACAGUGGCGUGAGCAUUGGCGGUGCUGCUGGCGUUCCCCCCAGUGUCGUUGGUGCUGGUGCUAGUGGAAGUGCUGAUGGAAAAUCUACAGCCACUGACAAGCCGGGCGGCAGUAGCAGCUCCACAAGUGGUGGUGGCGGUGCCAGUGGCAGUGGCAGCUAUGCCUCGGCCGUAAAGGGUGACGAACCAGUGGCUGGAGGACCUUCAACCACCUAGACGCGAACAACCAGAGAAACAGAACAGAAACCACAACAACAACCAACCAACCAACAACAACAAACUCACUCCUCAAAGUACUAGGGACAAUGAUGCUAAAGUGAUUGCAAGUUUGGAGCUCAUGCAGCUGGCGGUGACGACGAAGACGAAGAUUGGGCAACGAUGCGACGGUAGUGGCCUCUGUGUGGCGUCAUGCAUAUUUAAGUAAAGAAAUAAAUAGGUCAUAGACUUAAUUUAGCUUUUAACGUUAUCAAUGGCGACCGACCCUCUUCCUCGUUUUGUACCAGCAAAAAUCACUACACUUUUCAUUUAUCCUCAACCCCCAACCCAUCCCCCAUUACAAAUACAAGCAAUGCUUAGUGGUUAAGACCCGCCCAACCCCCUCGUCCCGUUCGUGGCGCUGCCAUUGGAAUAGGAAAAUGCUUUUUGUCAUACACUCCUAAGUUAGUUGUUAAUUAAUUAAUUAAAAAUGAUUUAUAGAAUUUGCCUUCAUAAUUGAUUUGCCCUGCUUUUUACAAAUAAACGGCCUUUGCAAAUUAA